UCUGUGGCCCUGGGGGUGCACUUGGGGUGGGAGGCAGUGGGGGGGAUGCUACGGGGCAGGGAGACCUGACUGUUACGGGGCUGGAUGCGGUGGGGCUGUUGGCGUGGGCAGCUUUUGAGGAUGGGGCUAAAUAGCGGAAAGUCUGGGCGCUGUGGGGCUCGGUGCUGCUGAAGCGGGGGAGCCGGGCGCUGUGGAGCCACGGGGAGGUGCCACAGGGCUGCGCCUGGGUGCCUGGACCUGGCGGGGGGGAGGCCUCGUCUUUGCCUGGGGUGGGGCCAAAUCCAAGGUUCCCCACCCCUCGGCUGUGAUGUUACCGAUGCUCUUGUCUCUGCUCGCGGUCGCUGUCCCAUUCCUAUGGGCUCGGUGCCUCGCUGGGAUGUGGGGAUGGCCAUGGGCAGGGCGAAGGCCGGAUCCCAGUGCUCGGCUGGGCAGGGGAAAGUUGCGUGGCUCUGCUGGAGCCUCAUCUCCGUCGUUGUGCUGCUGUCUUCAGGCUGGUGCCUGGGGACAGUGGGUCUUGCUCUGGAGAAGGCUGUCUGCCUCCCCCGUGGGUUCCCUCCCAACAGCCGCUGCUGUUGUAGGUGAGGAAGCUUCUCCAGGGGGCAGGAAGAUGCUGUGUCUUUGGAGGAAAGGGCUGACCUCAACAUCUGCUUCUGGCUGCAGUGUUUUGUCUUUUACCACACUGACAACAUAGGGAUGUGUGCCACCCAAAGGCUGCACGGCAGGAAGUUGUUGCUCCACUUUGCACCUGCUGAGUUUCAAGGAAAAGCUCUUGUCAAGCCAAAGGGGAAAUGUGGAGAAGAGGCUGAUGCAGGCGUUUGCAUAUCUCACCUCUCCUGUACCAGGGUAUAGAAAGCUUGGGCAGAAGCAAUGCCUGUGACCUGGAAUGGGCUGCUGGGUCUGGGGUCCUCAUAUCCAGCAGAUCCUAACCUUGGGGUCAACUUCACACUCCUCAGGCAGAGUGGAUGAGAGCCCUGGCUCCUUUGGGCAGCCCGUCUAGAUGCUGCAGCUUCUGCCCUCACCCUCCCUGCUGCUCCCCAGGGACUGUGUAGGUGGGCACAGCAGUGCAGAGGGACAAUCCCUGCGGGAGGGACUCUGAGCUCUGGCACCAGUGCCUGGCACCAGACCAAGGCGAGUGCUUGGCCCAGGCUCAGAACGUGCCUUGGCAAGACCCUGGGGCAGCCUUGCUGCUUAAUAUUGAUGGGUAUUGCCUGCACGGAGGCCUGGGGGCCCCAGCCCUGCAGAUCGUUUUCCCAUGUGCUGGGCCAGAUCGGGUUCCUCAUCACUCCUAGCAAAGCUUUCAGGUGGGACGAGGGGCUCAGCAGGCAGGGGAGCACUGGCCCAGGGCUGGUCCUGGUUGCUCUCAUUUGCUGGUAUGUGGCACUGUUCAAGGAUCCAGGCGAGGAGAAGGAGGAAGUGUUUGGACUCUUGGAGUGAGGUUGGCAGGGCAGCCUCUGCAACCUGGUCCAGAAGGUAGACCUUCCCUUGAGGUGAAGGGAAAUAGCAUCCUACUUUUUGGGGUUAAGGAGGGACUAGGGGAGGAGGGGUAAUCUUGCACUGGCUCCUUCACAUGUUCCUUGGAUUCCCCUAUUCCUGAACAUGUUGGGAAGGGCUGAAAUCAUCCCUGGAAAUGGCCCAGCAUCCUGGAUGCUCAUGUCUUCUCUGGUUUCCUCUGAGUCAGAUUCUCCGUGUCACUCCCCCGGCCCCCUCCCCUCUGGGAAAGACGAGAUGGGACCAGAGAGCACCUGAGCCCAGAUGCUGAGGGGCCUGUGCCCCCUGAUCCAUGCAAAGAGACAUCCUGGCGACACCAGCCCCGCAGCCUCCAGGAGCCUGGGCUCAGCUUCUCCAGCUCGGCAUCCUUGGCAGUUCAGGGAGCUGCACUACCGGCAUCAGCGCAUCAGGGAGGGGAAACCCUUCCCAAGGGACAGCCAGGCAGCAGGGUGGCCUGCCCACGCCGAGCUCCUGUCCCCCCAGGCGUGGUGUGGCAGGAAUGAGGAGCCGGCAGCGGAUGUUUGCUGCGGUGAUGCGCCUGCUCCUCAAGUGCCUGCGACUGGGCCGGCGGCGGCGGUUCAAGCUGGUGCGGCAGGUGGAGCAGCUGUGGCACUACGGACACCUCUGCCUCCGCUCCCUGCUCUACAACUCCUUUACCAACGGCGAUGUGGUGCUUGACUCUCUCUUCGAGCCGGUCUACUGGCUGGUGGACCAUGUCACCCGCUGGUUUGGUGUGGUGUUUGUGGCACUGGUGAUUGGGCUGACAAGCUCUAUUGUGGCCAUCGUGUACAUCUGCCUGCUGCCCCUCAUCCUGCAGACCUACACACCUGCCUGGAUAUGCUGGCACCUCGCCUAUGGACACUGGAACCUCAUCAUGAUUGUCUUCCAUUACUACAUGGCUAUCACCACUUCACCUGGGCACCCACCACAGGCCAAGAACGACCUCACUGGUGUGUCCAUCUGCAGGAAAUGCAUUGCACCUAAGCCAGCUCGCACCCACCACUGCAGCAUCUGCAACAGGUGUGUGCUGAAGAUGGACCACCACUGCCCCUGGCUAAACAACUGUGUGGGACACUACAACCACCGCUACUUCUUCUCCUUCUGCUUGUUCAUGACCAUGGGCUGCAUUUACUGCAGCAUCAGUGGCUGGGAGAUGUUCCGGGAUGCCUAUGCAGCCAUUGAGACAUACUACCAGACCCCACCACCCACCUUCUCCUUCCGCCAGCGAGCUUUCCACAAGAGCGUGGUCUACCUCUGGGUCCUGUGCAGCUCAGUUGCCUUGGCCCUGGGUGCCCUCACACUGUGGCACGCUGCCCUCAUUACCCGCGGGGAAACGAGCAUUGAACGGCACAUCAACAGAAAGGAGAGGCAGAGACUGCAGAAGAAAGGCAAGGUGAGCAUAGUCCAUGGCAUGAGGGCUGGCUGGGGCAGAGCCAGAUGUGAUGCGCCUGUCCCUGUCCUGCAGGUCUUCAGGAACCCCUACAGUUACGGCAGCUGGGAUAACUGGAAAGUGUUCCUGGGUGUGGAUGUGCCAAGGCACUGGCUCACCCGAGUCCUGCUGCCCUCUCCUCACCCGCCCCAUGGAACGGGCCUGAGCUGGGACCUGCCUCCCUGUGUGAUAGAGCAACGCGCACCACUUCUGGCAAUCUGAGGCCCUGUGCUCUGGCCAUCCCUUCCCACAGGCAGGAGAGCGCAUGGGGGACCUGCUCCGCCGCUCCAGCUUCCUUUGGCCAAAGUGCCUGGCAGAAGGCUGGUACAUAUCGCUUACCAGAGCCAGAGCCAUGGGAGACUCUCUGGACAGUGCUGGUGCCUCGACACCUGCCCCCUUGGCUCUUGGUGGCUGCAGGCAGCCCAGGGGCAAGGUGGCAGAGCUGCUGCUCCCUGCUCCAGCUGACAGUGCUGGCCCUCAUUAGCACAGGUAUGGACCAGCAUUGGCCCAGCUCAGCUCUCUGAAGGGCUGGGUGCAGAGGAUGGCACCCCCAUCCCCCCGAAGUGCUCCUCGGGGAGUCUUUUUAAGACCAUCUACUAAAUACUGUUUUUUUUUUAA